AUGCUCUCUUCCCCUCUGCGGCGGUGCAUCCUGACGCAGAAGGUCCUUCCGAGCGACAUGAUGGUCCGCUUCGAACUGACCCGGUCACCUGCGACCGCCUCAGGUCCCGCUCCUCGACUCGUCUGCCAGCCAGCCAAAAUGAUGCACAGCCGGUUCGAGGACCGCUCACAGGGAACUACGGGCAAGGGGAUGUGGGUUGCUUGCUGGAGAAGCGCGGUCGAACGGUUGGCUAACAAGGGCGCCUACAAACGACUACACGCGUCGGCUGCGAUGGACCCAAAGACGAUCGGGAUCAAGACGCACUCGCACCUCGUUCGACGAGUGGUGCAGGAGGCGGAGCUGAUGGCGGGACGGAUGAAGGGGUGGCAGGGCGCGUGGAUCGAGAACGAGGACGACAUUCCUGUCCGGAGAACGACGCGAGAAGGACUGGAGGAGCUGUGGCAAGCACAUCUCGCCGGAACGACUCGAAGAAUAGCCGCCAUCCUCGACCUCUCGCCUCUUCCAUCCCCAAGCAACGCUUCAGCCCCCUCUACGAAAGUCGCCGCCUUCCUCCCCACCCUGACAGAUCGGCGCAUACCCUACUUCCGCCUCGCGCCCUUCUUCGACUCGGUCGUCGUCCACCCCAACUCACUCCCAAUAUGGCCCAGAUACGCCGACGACGACCCGACUCCCGCAGCCGACCGCUUCCUCGCCAACGUACGCGCAAACCUCGACGGUGUCGUCUCCCUCCUCCAGCGGCGUCUCGCUCGACGACGAGUAGGUCCAGGAAGCACAGUUGCGACGCUUGCAGAACCGCGCGGAGAGGGCGACCUCUACGUCCUCUUCGCGCCGUUGAUCGACCUUGAUCCGUCGCGGUACGACGAGGCGGAGCAGGCCAAGGCAGAGGCGGUUGUGCCCCUCGUUGUUGCGCUGAUGCGGAUGAGGCUGUGGACGGGCGAGGGCUGGGCGGCAGAAUAG